AGAAUGUACCUCAGAGUGCAGGUGAGUAGAAUGUACCUCAGUGUGCAGGUGAGUAGAAUGUACCUCAGUGUGCAGGUGAGUAGAGUAUACAACGGUGCGCACGUGAGCAGACAAUUCAACAAUGUGCAGGUGAGUAGAAUGUACCUCAGUGUGCAGGUGAGUAGAGUAUACAACGGUGCGCACGUGAGCAGACAAUGCAACAAUGUGCAGGUAAGUAGAAUAUACCUCAGUGUGCAGGUGGGUAGAGUAUACAACGGUGUGCAGGUGAGCAGACAAUGCAACAAUGUGCAUGUAAGUAGAAUAUACCUCAGUGUGCAGGUGAGUAGAGUAUACAACGGUGCGCAAAUGAGUAGAAUGCACCUCAGUGUGCAGGUGAGUAGAAUGUACCUCAGUGUGCAGGUGAGUAGAAUGUACCUCAGUGUGCAGGUGAGUAGAAUGUACCUCAGUGUGCAGGUGAGUAGAAUGUACCUCAGUGUGCAGGUGAGUAGAAUGUACCUCAGUGUGCAGGUGAGUAGCAUGUACCUCAGUGUGCAGGUGAAUAGAAUCUACAACUGUGAGUACGUGAGUAGACAAUUCAAGAAUGUGCAGGUAAGUAGAAUGUAUCCCAGUGUGCAGGUGAGUAGAGUAUACAACGGUGUGCAGGUGAGUAGAAUGCAUCUCAGUGUGCAGGUGAGUAGAAUGUAUCUCAGUGUGCAGGUGAGUAGAAUGUACCUCAGUGUGCAGGUAAGUAGAAUGUACCUCAGUGUGCAGGUGAGUAGCAUGUACCUCAGUGUGCAGGUGAGUAGAGUAUACAACGGUGCGCACGUGAACAGACAAUUCAACAAUGUGCAGGUAAGAAGAAUGUAUCUCAGUGUCCAGGGGAGUAGAGUAUACAACGGUGUGAAAAGGCCCAUUUAAACAUAAAAUAGAGUAGAAUAUAUUACAAUAAAGAGGUGCGCGUACUAUUCUACGAUGACCGGGUGCCUAUAUAUUCCACAAUGUAAUUUGUAAUAGAAUAGGUACAUCGACCGUUAAGCAUUUUAGCCACUAAGUGACGUUAGCUUUAUGGAUACUAGUUUUUACGUUUCCUGCCACGGUAGUUAUUUAAAUGUACUCAUCGCGGGGCAGUCGCCUUCUUUUUAUUGAAGAAAAUUAAUCCGUGAAUAGUAUAC